GUGCCAGCGUCAAGUCGGGACGAAAGCUGGAAGGUUUCUCCCCCGGGGAAGAAGCGAGAAGGAAUUUAAAGAUGUCAGCAGUCAUGGUCGUGCACGGUGGGGCGUGGGCAAUACCACACGACCUGGCCGAGGCCUCUGUUGAUGGAGUAAAGGUUGCAGCGUGUGAAGGGUUUUCAGUGCUGCAACGAGGAGGAAGUGCACUGGAUGCUGUUGAGGCAGCUGUGAGGGCUCUGGAAGAUAACACGGUGUUUGAUGCAGGACACGGAGCAGUGCUAAAUGCAGAUGGAGAAGUAGAGCUGGAUGCCAUCAUCAUGGAUGGAAGGACACUUGCCAGCGGUGCGGUGUCUUCAGUGAAUAACAUUGCCAAUCCUGUGUCACUGGCACGGGCCGUGAUGGAAAAGACAGCCCACGUCCUGCUGACGAGCAGAGGUGCAAACCUGUUUGCAGAGAGCAUUGGCAUGGCCACAGUUCCCGGUGACACACUGGUGACUGAGAAUGAGAGGAAGGCGUGGAGGAAAAACAAGAAUUUUGCUACGGAAGUAAUGGAGGAUUUUAACUGUCAGUGGGCCCAUGACACUGUUGGGGCAGUUGCUGUGGACUCUGCUGGCAAUGUUGCAUGUGCAACAUCAACUGGGGGGAUACGAAAUAAAAUGGUUGGCAGAGUAGGAGAUUCUUCCAUCAUUGGUGCUGGAGGAUACGCAGACAACCUUAUUGGAGCAGUGUCUUGUACCGGUCAUGGAGAGUCUAUUCUUAAAGUCACAUUGGCCCGACUCAUUCUUUCACAUAUUGAACAAGGUAAAUCCCUCGCAGAUGCUUCUCAGCUGUCUCUGCAGUACAUGGGGGACCGUGUCCGUGGUGCAGGAGGUGCUAUUGCAGUUUCUCCGUCGGGACAGUGGGCAGCCACCUUUACCACAGAGCGGAUGGCUUGGUCAGCAGUGGAUCAUGAUGGUCUGUGGUAUGGAUUAGACCCAAAUGAAAGACUAAAAGAGCAGUUAUCCCAAUAACCAUUUUAGCCGUUUUAAUCCUCAUUUAUUCCAUAAUAGAGGAAAUGGUAUUUCUUCUAUGUUUUUUACUAAUUCAUUAUGGUUUGGAUCACUCCUAUUGGAAAUCCUAUGGUUGUUGGUAGCCAAAAUAAAUGAGUAGCGUUUUCUUCUUUCUAAUCUGUGAUGUCACUGUACAGCACAUGUAGUGAAAACUAAACUGUAGAAUAUUGUGGAUAUUAGAGUAGAGACGUCUCAAGAUCUGUGAUUUGAGCAGCUAGUCCAUACAUUGGACUAGUUUUUCUUUCCCCGCAAAUUCUGGAUGGCAUAUAGAACAUACACUAAUGUAGGAUGUCUGAUUUAUUUGAUUAAAUUCUCUUUUACAUUGUGU